UUGGCAUUUGCUCAGCUGUCGCCAUGUGACGAUUUUUUUGGUGCAACUGUUGUUGUCGGUUUUAUGGGUGCGGGCGCAUCCAAUAUGUCAUCCCAUAACUCAGAAACACAAUUGAAUGCAAGUUGUAGCAAUUUGUUAGGUGAAUCGACUGGAUUAAGAACCAUAUAAAAAGACUCGACCCGACCAGAGUCAAAUAUCAGUCAACGUUCGUUCACGGCACGACAGCAAUCAACAACCAAAAAUGUUCAAGUUUGUGAUGGUGUUCGCAGUUUUGGGAGUGGCCGCCGCCGGCGUAGCGCAUGUUCCCCAUCCUCAGGUACCCCACCCAGUGGGACGCUCCGAGGAUGUCCAUGCCGAGGUCAAGUCCGAGCACAGCGAUGUUCGCGCCGACGGCUUCGAUGCUGAUCUCCUGGUGUCCAACAGCAUUCAGCAGGCUUCCAGCGGUGAUGUCCAUGGCAACAUCCACGGCAGCUUCAGCUGGAUCUCGCCCGAGGGCGAGCACGUUGAGAUCAAGUAUGUGGCCGACGAGAAUGGCUACCAGCCCGUGGGUGCCGUGCUCCCCACUCCACCACCAAUCCCAGAGGCCAUUGCCCGUGCCGUUGCCUGGCUGGAGGCGCACCCACAGGCCCCCGAGCCCGUUCACCAUUCCCAUCACUAAGGUCCCACCCUGAAUACCGAUCGCACCAUGGACUGUUCUCUGGAUACCUU